GAAAAAUUGCCCCAGGGCGAACAGUCAAAAUCUUUGUCGAUACCGAUUGAUCACCAUGAAGAAGUUGCUGAUCGUUUUAGCCUUGACGUUGUCUUACGUCGUUGCGGAGGACAGCUUGGACCAGAUGGAGAACAAGUUGGGCAGGGCGAUGGAUAAUCUGAAUCGAAUGGACAACAUCAAGAUUUACGGUGACAUGAUCACCCUGGAGAAAGUACACGUUGAGGAGGAGGCUGCUAGAUCGAGCCAGGAUCCUCUUGUGGGCAAGAUUGAACAAUUCUUCAGGACCAGGAGGAUUCAGCUGCAUUUACCGAGUGAUGGUUCGUCGGCUGAUAUGUUUGGAAGAGCUUUGGGGCAGAAGGACGUCGGGGUUGAACUUAGGGGGCUGACUACUGGAGCUUCUGAAGCAAGAACCAAAUUAAAGAAGAUAAUGCUACCACUCCUCCUGGCCCUGAAACUGAAGGCAAUGAUCGUUUUGCCGAUCGUAAUCACCCUAAUCGGUCUGAUAGGCAUCAAGGGUCUCGGUGCAGGGCUGCUGUCCCUCCUCCUCUCCGGAGCAGUGGCUCUGAAAGCACUGUUAACGCCACCACCGCCACCCCCAGCCAGAGUCACUUACGGGGUUGUGAAGCCUGAUAUCCAUCACGAACACUGGCACAGGUCGCAGGAAGAAGUUAAUCAACCUUACAGGGGUUGGGCUCCUGAAUUUGCUCCUGAACAGUACCCCUUCCAGGACAUCCCUUAAAUUUUUUUGAUCAUUCGUUCACCUCAUAAUCUCAUUCUAUUUAUUGUCACCCCUGCUUAUUCAAUAAAUCAUCAGUGUUCUUUUG